CCAUCCAGGUCCCAGCCAGCUAAACUACCUACACUUCCCCUUCCUUCCACCCUCCCGUCUCCCGUCCAAACUUCCUCACCGACACACCACAACUCUCGCACACAUUAUUGCUUCACCCGCAUUCCUCUCCCUCAUUGCAGAAAACAAGACGACCCUGUGAUUCAAUAUUGAAACACUCGUCACCCUAAUAUCCUCGCCCUUAAGACCCCUUCGCCCGCCCCCUACAGUCCACCGGCGCAUUCCAAGCCUCCUCGCUUUCUCUCCCGUCGCAUACUCGCGCACAGUCGCAAAAGUCUUUCCGUCGCAUACCAAUCAACCUCACCAACUCGUCAUCGCAUCGCUCCCAUCGCGCGACACCCAAUAACCCACGAGCGCAUACUUCGACCACCCAUCAAAUCCCUCAAGAUGCUCAUGCCAUCCGCCUUCUCAUGCGACACGUCGCAGCCGCCCCUCACCCGCCUCCAGGCAUCUCUCUUCGCAUCGCCUCCCUCCAGCCCUCCCACGCUGUCAACCAGCAGCGGCUUCGGCCACAUCUUGGACAGCUGCCGCUCCCUCCAAGCCCUCCUUUCAUCGCCUCAGCACCAUAAUAUCCCCAGCGCCGCUCUCUCGUAUGACGCGCAGCAACAAUACCUCCCCACGCCAUCCCAGCUUCCUACGCCGCCUCUCGCCCACGCGCCUGCUCCUCACAAGCUGCGCUUGCGCUCGCGCGCAAAGCAAGAUGGCGCCAUCAACAACGAUCACCUCCCACGCAAGCGCAUCGCAAAGCGCGCGCCGCCACGAGGUGUGAACAAGCGCCGCCGCGCGGCAGAUGACGAGACGGGUCGCGAAGAUGGCCUCCUUACGGACGAGGACGUUGAGAGCGACCUCGAUAUCUCAUCUCAGCGUCAGUCCUUCGAAGCCACCAACGACAACCUCAUCCCGUCCAACCCAUCCACACCCAAACGCGCGCGCAUCGCACCAGAGGUGAUCCCUCUCGGCCUCGAGCGCUCCGACUACCACACAUUGCACCUCCUCAACGGCGACGGUGUGAACAUGAACCACAACAGCAUGGUGGCCGAAGACACACAGAACGUCGAGGUCGAGGCCGAUGGAGAGCGGUGGAACGUCGAGGAGGAUAGGAUGCUCGUUGAGCUCGUGCUGGAGAAGCUGAAGCUCUCCAAGACGGAAUGGCAGGACUGCGCGCGCAGUCUGGGCAAAGACCGGAACUGUCUAUCACGGCGAUGGAAGAGCCUCAUGGUGCAGGGCGACGUCGGCCUCAAGGGACCUCGGAGGAGUAGCCGCAGGGCUAAUCUCCACGGUACCUGGCGGUGAUUGACUCCGAUUCUGGCGUCAUCGUCGAUAGUUUGAUUUUCAUUUGUCUUGGUGUUCGAAUUUGGCGUUUACAAGUGCCCAACGGUUAGAGCCCGGAAACGGCUUUUAUGGGACAUUUUUAGGAGCGGUUGUUCAGCGCCUCAUCUCGCGCUUGAUCUCGAGCUUGGAACUAGCUUUUGAGUUGGAAUAUGUUGGUUUCUUUACCUCCUCUU